AUGUGUCUGCUGCCGCAGCAGUGGUCGUCCCAGCCGUGGAUGGCGGAGUACAUCAGGUCUCAAGGCCACAGAGAGGAGCACGUGCAGACCACACUGUGCAAACUACUUCGAAGGCAGGAGUUCGUAGUGAGGCUUGUUCGUGGCGAGGUGUUGUAUCGUACGCCUCUCGCGGCCAUGGGUCCCAUUCCUGGAGCGGACCCCGACCAGACAGCGUUCGUGGCAAAGCUUCUAACCAGCCUUGUUCGAAAGAGCGAGGCCGAGGAGGAAGCGGAUUUGGCACUGCUAGACGUACUUCGGCGCGCCCGCCGGCCUCAAUUUAUCACUGGCGGGCCUGGUUCUGGCAAGAGCCUGGCGUGCCGCCACCUCAUGUUGUUGGCUCGGCAGCGCGGCUUCCACGUUCUGCGGGCGAAUCCUACGGGUAUGCUAGCUCACAGCACCGAGGCCGUGAUGGGCGUGCGUUCGCAAACGUUUCAUGCGGCCUUCGGCGUGGGCACGAUGUCUUUGCCAGACACGGCGGAGAAACUGAAACAUUACAACUUGUGGAUCAUUGGAGAAGUUGGAAUGCUCUCACGAGAGCUAUUCGACCGCAUGUAUGCGGUGUACUCGGAUUUGGGGCACGAGCCUGUGGUUGUGCUGGAAGGGGACUUUCAGCAGCUCGAGCCCCCAACGGCGAGUGGCGAGGAUGCGCGCUGCAGCAGGUACUGGCGAUGGGUUCAGACUACGGAGCUGUCCAGGCAGCAUCGCUGUGAGGAUUCUCGUCUGCGCGCCUUCGCGUCCAUCUGCAGGCACAGCAUGCCAAACGGCACGCAGAUAGCUGAAUUUUGGAACGAGCUGUGCAUCGGAGACGAGCUCUCUGAGGAGGUUUGCGAGAAGGCGGCAGAGUUCGUAG